GCCCACCCCUGCUCUAGAACAUACAACCCUACAACUGUUUCUUGAGUAGUGUGAUGGUUGGACAUCCCCAUCUUAUCUAUACUUUCGUACUUUGGAGAGAUGAAUGAAGCACUUUCAAGCAUAUGGAAACUGUUCCUAAGGAUGAACCAGACUUGUUCACAAAUGUCUGUCUGAUAUCUUGGCUGACUUCUUAUUUUUAUUGUGUCAAGCAAGAAAGAAAUGUGUUCCAGUCAGUUUUAACACCCCCUCCGUCCACAAUCUUGUGGUUUCUGUUGGUUCCUGUGAUCUGAAUCGAUGAGGAUGACGUCAUGGUCCUUGUUUCGAAUGUCGGGAACGCGCCCUGGGUAGGAGGCCGCGCGUUCUGCUGGGGACACAACUUGUUCAAAUCUAAAGCUCAAGGUCGUUGACAGCCUCCGGUACCUUGGAUUUCAGGAAUAUCCUCUCCCACCCCCCUUCCCCCUCUGUCAGAGCAUGGCUCAGGAGACCAAUCAGACGCAAGUGCCAAUGCUUUGCACUAUGGGAUGUGGUUUCUAUGGUAACCCUCGCACCAAUGGCAUGUGCUCUGUCUGCUACAAGGAACACCUGCAGAGACAACAGGGAGGGGGACGAUCCAGCCCUCCCGGAGAGAAAGCUGCUACAUCACCAUCAGGAUCACCAACAUCAGCGACUGUAACUGUGGAAGACACAAACUCAGAGCUUAGUACAGAAGCAGCAGGAACCCAAGCUGAGGAACAAACAACCAGUCCCAGCUCUCCGAGCCCAGUAACUCAACAGAUGACAGCUAUGAGCAUCUCCCCAGACUCAGGGGCUGUAGACUCCGAUCGAGCAGUGGUUGAGGGAGGAGAAGAAGAGGAGGAAGAAGAGGAGGAGGGCACAUCCAAUAGCACAGAACCUGUGGGUGAUGAUGCACAAGCUUCUUCUGAAGGUGACCAAACCCCUGAUAAGAACAAGAAAAAGAACCGCUGCUUUUCUUGCCGGAAGAAAGUGGGCCUUACUGGUUUUGACUGUCGCUGUGGCAACCUGUUCUGUGCCAUCCAUCGCUACUCUGACAAACACGACUGUCCAUAUGAUUACCGUAGUGCAGCUGCUGCACGCAUACGCAAGGAGAACCCCAUCGUGGUGGCUGAAAAAAUUCAGAAGUUAUGAGGACUAAGUGCAAUAAAAGUCUCUAAGACUUUGUGAAUUUGAACAAUGGCAACUUGGAUGAAAAACACCCGACAUCGUGGCUUCAUUUCUUCAAGGUAGUCGAAGGCGGGCGGGGUGGGGCAACGUGGUCGCAGCAAAAGUCAAGACACGCCCCUUACUAGUAUUUCCUUCCCUCUCUUUCUCUUGCUCUCUCUCUCUCUCUGCUAGUGACUGCAGCUAAAUCUGAGUGUCAGUGUUUUGGGCUUGUAUGGGUGUGUGUGCGCGUGUGUUUGCAUACAUCUGCUUGAGAGUUAGGGAGAGAGUAGUAGGGGCUUGAUGGACAUUUGUUUUGCCAUGGGGAGGGAAGGGAUUUCAUUUUAGGCCUUUUUGUUUCUCAACUUAGAGGGAUCGUGUUAGUCAUUUUUAUUUGUACAAUCCCUGUGGGUCAUUGAAAUAAAAUGGGUAUAAGCAGUUUGGGAAUGUGCCACAGCCUGGAUAAUGAAACCAUUUUAUUCAUAAGGUGUUAGUUCAAAAAGAGAAACAAAAAAAAAUCAUGUGUCAGACCUUUUUAAGGGCUUUGGAAUAUUUUUUGUCUUAGACUUUAAAAUUUCUGUAUACUUCAUUUUGAAAUUGCUGUUUUCCCCUCUCUUUAGCUCCCAUUCUUUGGAUCACCACAUGUUGAAGUCCGAAGGCUCAGAAUUUUUUUUUUCCAAACAUUUCUUUCUUUACGUUGAAAUGCACGGAUACUGGGUACAUGAACAGCUAUUGAUUGGGGAGGGAAAGGUCAGAGCUGAUGGAGAACCUCGACUUAACCGAGUGAUUGAAUCCUGUUUUUUUUUUUUGUUUUUUUUUUCCUGUUUUAAUGAGCGUAUGACUUCAGAAGAUCUAUAUUAAUAUAUUCUAGUUAGCUUGAAUUGUGUGACUGCAUUCUAUUUAUUUUAUAUUGUUUGGUUGGUAUGUACUGGAGGAUUGGCAGCAUGUGUUAGCAGAUUGUUAGGAUUUGCACUUUGCAGUUUUAUUUAAUAAAUUCCAUCCUUGCUCUAUAACCAUGAAAGUAAAAUAAUACAACCUCUCUUAUGGAUUGGAGUGCUGCAAUCUGCGCAUUAAGAUUGCCUUUUUUCUCUUUUUUUUUUUUUUUUUUUUUUUUUCU